AUGGAUUUUACUCAAGCUUCGCAGCUUCCAACCCAAGACGAAAUAAGCCAACUACAAGAUGCGUCGCUUGUGACAAAUACUGAAAGAAAUAUGUCAAAGUGGAUUAGAACUUUAAAUCGGUUCAACAAAUGUUGUGAUUUAAAAAAAGGCCAUUGGUUUAAAAGCAAUCGUAUGCGUUACGGUAAGCUUCGAAAAAUGAUGAAUGAUAUUGCAACAAGUACUGAUAUCAAUCUUGAUAAUGGUAGAUUGAUUACUAAUCACUCUUGUUGUCAUACUGCAAUUCAACUUUUAAAGAAUAAUAGUGUUCCUGAAUCCGAGCUUCAAGCAUUUUCCGGACAUCGUUCUUGUGAAAGUUUGGCAGAUUACUGCCAAACUAGUGAUGAUCAACGUAUAAUGAAUACCGCAAUGCUAAUUCCUUUUUCAUCGCAAGAUCUUGAUUUGGAUGAAUAUGAAUAUGACAAUUUUUAUGGAGGAUUUCCGGAUGAAGAACUGGAUUCUGAUAAUGGGCCUUAUGAUAAAAAUAAUGAUUCGGUUCAAUCAAUUUCUACAAUUCAAGAAAAUCAAGCACAAAAUUUGACCGAAGCUCAAUUAUCAGCCACAGACUCUCAAUAUUCAAACAUAACCAAAGAAAUUCCAUCAUCAACUCAAUCUCAAAGUGAUACUAUCAUACAUUCUGAUUUCAUGGCAAAGGAAAUUAAAAAGUCAAGCCAAGUUUUAAGAAUACCUAAGAUAAAACCACACACAAAAAGUAGCUCAUACCCGACUUCAUCUGUAACUACACCCUUCAAGCCACCAUAUCCGCAUAAUUCACCAAUGCUUGAAUUGUAUGGAAAACGUAGAAAGCCAUUAUCUAGUGUCAAUAACAUUGUUAUUCAACUUCCUCCGGGUACUUCACAAAGUUAUAACCUAAAUAUAAACUUGAAAAUAAAUUAG